GUUCCUGGCUCACUCCUCCCUCCGCAUCUUAUCAUCUCUCAGAGAACAUCCCUCCAUACGCCAUGGCAUCUAGAAAGAAGGUCCUUCUUAAGGUCAUCAUCCUAGGGGAUUCCGGUGUCGGUAAGACAUCGUUAAUGAAUCAAUAUGUCAACAAGCGUUUUUCAACCCAGUACAAAGCUACCAUCGGCGCCGAUUUCCUCACCCGUGAGCUUGUCGUGGACGAUCGUGUCGUCACCAUGCAGCUCUGGGAUACCGCCGGUCAAGAAAGAUUUCAGUCCCUGGGUGUGGCUUUUUACCGUGGAGCCGAUUGUUGCGUUCUGGUGUACGACGUGAACAGUUCGAAAAGUUUUGAAGCUUUGGAUGGAUGGAGAGAUGAAUUCCUGGUUCAAGCAUCACCACAUGAUCCCGAGAACUUCCCGUUCGUUGUGCUAGGAAACAAAAUCGACAUGGAGGAGUCUAAACGGAUGGUAUCGCAAAAACGAGCAAUGACAUGGUGUCAAGCCAAGGGCAACAUUCCUUACUUUGAGACUUCAGCAAAGGAGGCGAUCAACGUCGAGCAGGCAUUCCAGACCAUCGCUAAGAAUGCUUUAGCUCAGGAGGCAGAGACGGAGCUGUAUGCCGAUUAUCCUGAUCCUAUCAGGAUUGACUCGGAGAGCUCUCAGAAUUACGGAUGCAGUUGUUAGAUAUGUUGGAGUUAGGAUUAGCUAAUGAUAUGUACUUUUUUCCCUCGU